AUGCUAGAUGAGCCACGGGAAUCUGACGAUGAAGUCGUCGUACACGACGAGGCAGAAGAAGACUUGGAUCUCGCAGCUACCCAGCUGAGUGUGCAAUGUCCAUUUCAGGAGAUUAUUUCUCAGCGGAAAAAUCUUCCAAUUGCCCCAGUUCGCCGUGGUCUUCCUCUGAAAAAUCAGCAGGAAACCACGCAAAGCGAUGAAACAGUCGCGCAAAACAAGCAGCAUCAUCGCUACGGAGGACUCAAGAAAAAAGCGCGGAAAGUGUUCGAAGCACAAGACAAAACCGAGAGUUUGGGAGACAAGCUCUGCGUUGAAGAACGAUCUUCCAAAGCAAUGGGAUUGGAGGAAUGUUAA